GCGGCGAGCGCUGAGUCUCCGCCUCGCCUGCUUCGCUCGUGGGCGCGCGGGGAGGGAGGGAGGCGGACAAAGAGCCAGCGGCUUCCGCCUUCGGCUGACUGUCGCCGGCAUCGGCAUGGGGGAGAGGCUCCGAGGCCAGCCCGGCGUUUGCUCGGCGGCGGCCGCCGCCGCGACGACGACAGCCGCCGCCAUCCCCACCUGCUCGCUGCACAACGGGCUGCUGCACAACGGCUUCCAUUCGCCGCCCAGCAAUGGAGAAGCGCCUCACUCGCUGCUCUUCCGCCAGGACCUGCCCCUGCCUAGCCACGGCUCCCCGGCUAAGAAAUGCAGGACGCGCCGGAGGAUGGAUUCGGGCAGGAAAAACAGGCCGCCAUUCCCAUGGUUUGGCAUGGAUAUUGGUGGAACACUCGUUAAACUGGUCUACUUUGAGCCAAAAGACAUUACAGCUGAAGAGGAACAGGAGGAAGUGGAAAACCUGAAAAGCAUUAGGAAGUAUCUGACUUCCAACACAGCCUAUGGUAAAACUGGGAUUCGAGAUGUCCACCUUGAACUGAAAAACUUGACUAUGUGUGGACGCAAAGGGAAUCUUCACUUCAUCCGUUUUCCAAGCUGUGCCAUGCACAGGUUCAUACAGAUGGGUAGUGAAAAGAACUUCUCGAGCUUGCACACCACACUUUGUGCCACAGGAGGUGGAGCCUACAAGUUUGAGGAAGAUUUUCUUACGAUCGCUGACCUGCAGCUCCAUAAGCUGGAUGAAUUGGACUGCUUGAUCCAGGGCCUCCUUUACGUGGAUUCUGUGGGAUUCAACGGCCAGCCAGAAUGCUAUUAUUUUGAAAAUCCUGCGGAUCCUGAACGGUGUCAGAAAAAACCUUACUGCCUUGAUAAUCCAUAUCCUAUGUUGCUGGUUAACAUAGGCUCUGGGGUCAGCAUCUUAGCGGUGUAUUCCAAGGAUAACUACAAGAGAGUUACGGGGACCAGUCUUGGUGGUGGUACAUUCCUGGGACUGUGUUGUUUGCUGACCGGCUGUGAGACCUUCGAAGAAGCUCUAGAAAUGGCAGCCAAAGGAGACAGUACCAAUGUUGAUAAACUGGUGAAAGACAUUUAUGGAGGAGACUACGAACGGUUUGGCCUCCAAGGAUCUGCUGUAGCAUCCAGCUUUGGUCACAUGAUGAGCAAAGAGAAGCGGGAUUCCAUCAGUAAAGAGGACCUGGCAAGAGCAACUUUGGUCACCAUCACCAACAACAUCGGCUCCAUCGCUCGGAUGUGUGCACUGAACGAGAACAUUGACAGGGUGGUGUUCGUUGGAAACUUUCUGAGAAUCAACAUGGUCUCCAUGAAGGUACUAGCCUAUGCCAUGGAUUACUGGUCAAAGGGACAACUCAAAGCUCUCUUUUUGGAACAUGAGGGUUAUUUUGGUGCUGUUGGGGCCUUGCUAGAACUGCUGAAAAUGACAGAUGAUCAGUGAUGGAAGCCCCCCUCCCCCAAAGGAGCUUGAAACCUGUGAAGCUGCUGCAAGAGUGAAAGUUGCUAGGAGGACGGGAGACAAGCCAUGACGGAAGUUCUACCUGCUGGAUUUGUAAAUAAUAAUUUAAACUCCUUGUAGCUGAUCUUUUAACUUUAGGGUUGGAAGCUAACUUGAGAAUUGAUACUAGGAAACUUUAAAAAAAAGGCAUUUUUACCUUAUACAGUUGUUUUUUUUAGAGAAAAAAAUGUGCAAUGUGGCCAAACUGGCAGAUUUUAUGGAGUGUGUUUAAAAAAUAUGGGUACUGUAUGAUGGGGAAAGGACCUGACACGAGACACUGGUUUUAUUUUAUGUUUUGUUCUUCUGGGGUUUACUGAUCUAGUGCGGUAAUUCUUCAUUUAGUAAUUGCUCUAGGAGAUUUUUUAAAAAAAAUCUUUUUCAUGACGUUUCAUGAUUCGCUGUUGGUUUCAAAUGAAACUGCAAAACUGACAUUUAGUGUGAGCACUAAAGUACUUUAAUCUUUGUUGCCUUCAUUCCCAUGAAAGAAUCUUCCUAUUCCAUCCCCCCCCCCACUGAAACAACUCUUCACUUUUUUUUUUGGCUGCUCAAGUUUGCAAUAAUAAGAAGUGCCAAGAGAUGUGCCAUCAGAGCCUUGAAAGCAGGGAGAAGACCUUGUGCUUUCCUGACUCACCCCCACCACCCUUGGAAACUCUUGUGUCAAGUUAACCAUUCCUUGCAGUAUCUGAAAAUCCUCACUUAUACUGUUGUGAGCUGGAGAUAAUUAUUGGGUGGAAGGAGAAGCCCAGUUCUGGAAGCAGUAAACUAGUUUCUGGACUGUUAACCUUUCAAGCUGCACCUGGUUGAAUGCUCCCCAGACCAAAAUAAAUCACUAAAGGCCGUUCUUCCUUUGAUGUGUUCUUAUGUCUGGGAAAUGCUUUGUGUUUUGUUUAAAUAUGGAGGAGCUCCUGCCUGCGCUCUGAAGCAGCACAUUCCGGGAGGAAGACUGCCAACUGAUCUACGGAUCCAGAGGAGUUAGCCAUGUUAGUCUGUUGCUGCA